AUGCGCUUCUCCAUCCUUGCCUUCGCCGCCUCGCUGGCCACCUACGCAGCUGCAUCUCCUCUCAUCAGCCGCGCACCUACCAUCAACGCUACCACGCCCUUCUACCUCCUAACAACAAACUCAGCAACCUACUCCAAAGACUCAUCUCUGCUCCCCAACGUCUCCUUGACCACUCUCUUCGACCCUUACUACCAGCCCAACUACCUCCUCCGCCUUAUUGCACCUGGCUAUGGCAGUGUGCCUCAAUUCACCCUCUCCGAUGGCGUUCUGCACACACCUGGCAAAGGACCCCAUGGUAUUGGUGACUACAUCUACAACAGCACUGAAGUGCACACUGGCUCUGAAUUGAAUUUCAGGACCCAGUACGAGGGCACUGGAGAUCUGAGCCUUGAAAGGGGAUACUUGCUGGCUGUCAACGGAAGUACUCAUGGUUGGACUAUCUGUGUGGAGGAGCUGGGUCAGAGAGUUAUUGAGUGGAAGGGCACUGAUGAGGGAUGCACGCAGACCUACAUCCAGGCUGCGUUGACUGUGCCUUACUAA